UGUCUUCUCCAAUGCUGACCAUUUCUUCACUCAACAUUCAACAAUAUGAACAAUCAACUUCUUUCACACACCAUUUCUUAUUUCAAACUCUAUCCGCUUUCAUACUUUAACGACACCCUUAUUAUUAAUCUCAUCAUUUGAAGGUCUGUUAGGAAGAUAUAUUUUGUAAAUAUAAUGGCAACGGCUGGUGGAGUAAUCAACGGUUGCGUUUCAUCGUCUUCGUCUUCGUCGUCGUUUGGAAGACUGAAAAGUUGUCGGGAGAAGAUGAUGGCGAACGGUGGUUCGGGUAAAAGGUUUCGAGUAUGUUGUGGUUCUACUAAUAAUGAUCUUGCUUCGGAUCCGUAUAAAGUGUUGAGGGUUCAACCUGGUGCUUCUGAAUCUGAGGUUAAAACUGCUUUUAGACAGCUUGCUUUGAAGUAUCAUCCGGACGUAUGCAAAGAAAGCGAUGGAGGAAUUCGGUUUCAAGAAAUAAACGAAGCUUAUGAUACGGUAAUGAGUAAUUUGCGAGGUGAAACCAGUGUCGGUGAAAUGGAUGAUGGACCGUUGGAUGAGACAAUGAGAGGAAUGAACGAUCCAGAUUGGGAGUUGUGGGAAGAAUGGAUGGGUUGGGAAGGAGGAGGUAUUCGUGAUUAUUCUUCACACAUUAAUCCUUACAUCUAAUUUAUAUGUCUAAGCAAAGUAAAAAUAUGUGAUUCUUAUCUUGUAAAUUAAGAACAUUCAAUAAAUGUCAAUAACAUGAUUUCUAAUUUAUAUGUUUUAUCGACUAAA